AUGGCGACAAAACAAUCGAAUCCACCUCCGCCAAUCGGUGAUGCUUUGAGAGACAACGCAAGCAGUGUUGCCGUUACCAUGGAUAGUGAUCGAAUAGCUGCUGAUGAAGAUGUGGCUAAAGUUGCUACUGCUACGAAUACAAAUCCACGAUGGAAAUGGUACCUGAUCUUUUUUGGUUUGCAGCUGUCACUAUUUUCCACAGGAUUAGAGUUCACUGUUGUAUCCACAGCUCUCCCUAAAAUUGGAUCAGAAUUGGACGCCAUAUCCAUCUCAUCUUGGGUGGUCACCAUCUAUAUCGUCACUCAAAACGCCUUCCAACCCAUAUGGGCCAAACUAUCAGAUAUCUUCGGUCGCAAAUGUAUCUUUCUUGGUGCACUUUCUUUCUUUCUAAUAUGUUCUGCAUUGUGUGGUGUAUCACAGUCUAUGACAUGGUUGAUUACAGCACGUGCCUUUCAAGGCAUCGGUGUUGCAGCCAUAUAUCCCUUGGUAUGUCAUAUGGGGCAAAUUAGAUGCAAACGAAUGAUAAGCUCAAUACAGCAACCAUGCAAGACCUACAUUAUUGUAGCUGAUAUCGUGCCACUAGACAAACGUGCAAGCUAUGAAGGGCUCAUCCAUGGUUGUUUUACCUUUGCUACCAUCUGUGGCCCUUUUAUUGGCGGCACAUUGACCGAUCACGUGAGCUGGCGAGGCAUCUUCUUUGUCAUAAUCCCUUCCGGUGUCAUAGGAAUGAUAAUUAUUGCGCUUUUCCUUCAUCUGCCCAUCGAAAAGGAGAAUCUCAGCACCAAGCUUCAACGCAUUGAUUAUACAGGUAUUCUCCUUGUUAUGGGUGCUACGGUUCUUUUCAUGUUGGCCAUGAGCUUUAUCACUCAAGGGUAUCCAUGGAAGUCUCCGCUCAUUAUUGCUCCGCUGGCAUCUACUCCCCUAUUAGUUGCUUUGUUGAUCUUUGUCGAGAACAAAGUUGCCAUCGAGCCAUUGCUGCCUCCCCGAUUAUUCAUCAAGCUCCCUGUUGUAUGUCUGAGCAUUUGCAAUUUAUCAUACGGCUUAAUGUAUAUCGCAGCUGUGUAUCACGCACCCACGUAUUUUCAAAUCGUACAUGCGGAUUCUUCUAUGAUUUCAGGCGUACGACUGAUACCGCUCUAUGUAUGCUUUAUGAUAGCAACGUUUGUGGUGGGAUGGUUCAUCACAUUAAGAGGAUACUAUCGCCCGCCACUCUCUGGUGGAUUCGUAUUGCAUGGCAUCGGCUUUGGUUUGUUCAUCUUAUUUGACGCCAACACAAGCUGGGCAGAGAUUUUCGGUGCUAUGUUGAUUGGAGGCAUUGGUAUGGGUGGCAUUGCCGGAUCCAGUGCUGUUGCUAUUCAGGCUUCCGUUGAAGAAAGAGAUAUUGCUGUGGUAUCAGGGUUGCUUAGUUACACAUUUAUGUUGGGCGGAGGGAUUGGCGUUGCGUUAGCAUUUGCUCUCAUCAACUUGUACCUCCAAAACAACCUUCCACGAAUGAUACCACCAGAGUACGCAAAACGCAUUUUCGAUAAUCCCACAUUUAUCCGCGAUGGCCUACCUUCAGCUUACUUUGAUGCAGCCAUAAUGGUAUACAAUGACGCGUACAAAAGGCUCUGGUAUUUGAUGGUGGUAUUUUCAGGUAUAGCAUUUAUGAGCUCGCUUUUUGUCAAGCAGUACUCGUUGAAAAAGGGUUGA